UGGGGGUUUCCUUGGAUGGGGGUGGGCUGUUCCCUGCCUGCAGUGGGUUCAGAGCUCAGCUCCUCGCCACCCGCCGGGGCUUUCAGAAGGACCACAGAGUUCUGCUCUCGCUCUGACUGUCCCUGCCUUCCCGUCACCCUGUGCCUGGGGCUGCUAGCCGUGUCCUCGAGCUCCCUGACCCUGUAUGACCCCAGAGCCCUCCCCAAGGUGGGAACGGCUGCACAAACUGAGCCCAUCCCCUGGCACGGCCCCUCCGUUUCCCCUUGCCCCGCACUGCCCCAUCCUCCAGCUCCUCCGCUGUCCCUGGCACUGCUGGGUCCCCACACAUCCCAAUGCGCUGUCCCCUCCUUCUGGGACACAAGGGCAGAGCCGUGGCGGUGUCCCCAUCCCCAUGCAGCCCGCAGUGACGCCACGUGGGACCCUCUCCUUCCCGCACUCCCAGGACAGGCGCAAACGGGGAACAGCGGGGGAACCGGCUUCCCCUCUGACUCACGCAUUGGGCAAGGCCGGGCUUUCGGUGGCUGGAGCACCGCGGUGGCCCCGAUGUGCGCACGGGAGCUGAUGUCAGUCGGUGUGCCCCGAUAUAAGGCCAGAGCUGGCGAGCGUGCUGGGGGCUCCACAUCAGCCGGGUGCCCUCAGCCAUGUGCUCCGUUCCAGCCCCGCGGUCCUGCAGAUCUCCUGGUGCCAAUGGGAAUCUCUCAGCCCGUGCCCACCCGCUGAGCAGUGCGGCCCUGGGGACGUGGCUGUGCCUCCUGCUCCUGCUGGCUGCCUGCGUGCCCACCACAUCUUCCAGCCCCGGCAUCAAGGGCCGGGUGACCCGGAGCGCCCUGGAGUACGGCCGACGCUUUGGGCUGGAGCUGCUCCGCUCAGUGCUGCAGAAGGAGCACGAUGUGAACCUACAGGGAUCCUACCAGGCCCCGUUCCUGGGGAGGCUCAACUACACCGUGCCUCAGAUCCACAUCCAUGAGCUGCAGAUGAAUGACUCCACCGUGGACUUUGCCGAGGACGUGGGCGUGCAGCUGACAGUGCACCGUGCCCGGAUCCAGCUCAAUGCCACCUGGCGAGCGCAGCUGGGUGCAUGGCAGGACAGCGGCUCGGUACGGCUGCGUGUCAAGGACCUGGCGCUGGCUGUGCUGCUGGGGCUGGGUGCCGAUGAGCGCGGCCAUCCCUCUGUGUGGGCUGCCGGCUGUGAUGUCCGCGGCACCGACCUGCACCUGGAGUUCCGCCAGGGACAGAGCUGGCUGUACAACCUCCUGGUGCCGCUGCUCCAGAGAACCCUGCGGCAGCAGCUCAACAAGAAGCUCUGUGUCGAGAUCCAGAAAGGCAUCAACAGGCUGCAGGACAGACUGAAGAAUGUGCGAGUGUCUGCUCAGCUCGACCCCUUCGCUGCCAUCGACUUCUCCUUGCUGGGACAGCCAGAGAUCACGAAGCAGCAUGGGGACGUCGGCCUCAAGGGAGAGUUCUUUGGGGUGCAUGGGCAGUGGCAGAGCCCUUUCUCAGCGAAGCCCAUGGGGCUGCCCGAGCUGCACGAGCCCAUGCUGCUGGUGGCCGUCACCGAGUUUGUCGCCAACACUGCAGCCUUCGUGUACUUCACAGCUGGAGCCCUGCGCAGGAACAUCACCGCUGAGAUGCUCCCACGGCGCUUCCCCCUGAAGCUGAAGACGGAGAGCAUGGGGAGCUUUGCCCCGCAGCUGCAGCAGCGCUUCCCCAGCCUCCCUGUGGAGCUGCACCUCUGGGCCCGCCGGCAGCCCCUGCUCUCCUGCCACUCUGACGCCCUGCAUGGGGCCCUCUUCGGCUCUGCUGAGGCCUUCGUGGUGCUGCCCAACGCCACCCGUGUCCCCGCUUUUCUGCUGAACAUUGACGCCAAUGUGACAGGGAAGCCAACCAUUGCUGGGAACAGGCUGGGGGGCACAGUGGGACUGAAGAGCCUCAGCGUGGUGCAGGUGACAUCGCAUGUGGGCCCGCUGCAGGUGGAGAAGCUGGAGAACAUGCUGAAGUUUGGGCUGUGGCUGUUCGGGGUGCCCUGGGCCAACAAGCGGCUCCGUCCCGGCAUCCCACUGCCCACGCCGCGUGGCAUCACCCUGCUGCACCCACGCCUGUCACUGCACGAGGGCUUCAUGCUCAUCGCCACGGACCUGCAAUAUGAACCCUGAGACCGGCGUCUGCAUGGGGAGAUGCUGGCCCUGUGUGCUGCAUUGCAUCCCCAUCCCUGUCCCCAUCCCACUGGCACCUGGUGCCCUCGAGUGGGGGGGGUCCCGCACCCCCUCGGCUGGGAUUAAAGCUGGCAGCGUGGCUCAGCUCGGGUGCAUGUGCCUUGUCCCCAUGAGGUCCCCCUGCCAGCCCCGUACUGGGACACCAGUGGGGGACGGCUGCCCUCACGCGUGGAGGGGGUAGGGGGGGUGGUCUCUGUGCCCACCGGGCCCUUCUGCACCCGCUGCUCCCUCGGGGACGGGGCGGUGCUCGGGGGGUCCCGCAGCCCUCUCGUGUGGCCGUGACGCCGCGCAGCUCCCGGUUCGCCCACGCGAGGGAGCCCGUGCCCGUGGCUCCGGGAGCUGGCAGCGCUCAGCGCCGGGCUUACAGCAUCCACCCGCAGCGCCGUGCCCGGGGGUUCUGCAAAACCAAAGGAGGGGACACGGGAGGAGGGGGAGGGUCCCCAGGGCCGGGCCCCGCCGCACUCUGCCCCGCUGAGCCCUGCGGUCCCCCGCGCACGGCCCCAAAAUCAACCCCCAGCCCCACGCCUGGCCGGGGACACGGCUGGCGGCACGCUGCCCCCAUCGACCCCGCAACGGGGGCACAGGAACAAAGCUGCGGGACGAGGACGGGCACAGGAGCCCGGUGCCAGAGAGGAGAAGCGAAGGGGAUGGGCACAGAUUUGUGCUGGCGGAACCCACGAUGGGGAUGGGGAGCAGGCAGCACCGAGCCCCUGCCCCGAGCACGAUCCAACCCUGCCCGGCACCCCCGGG